UAAAUCGGGGGGGUUCACACCCUUAAUUUAAUAGGUGCCUACACACUGUCAGAAAAAAGGGUACAGCUCUGGUUGUUUUGUUGCCCAAGGUACAAACAGCAUUACUGUACCCCCAAUGGUACAAAAAUGUUCCUCAGAGUCAAUUUCUGUACCUUAAAAGGGACAGCAAGGGGUACAUCUGACCCCUGAGGGUACAGACCCAGUAGUAAUACUAAGUAAUUUAUGUUCAAAGGUGCAAAUACUUUAUUUCCUGAUAAGGCACUUAUAGGUGUAGGCUAUGUGUUUGCAUCUAUCAUCUAAACCCUUAUCCUGUUUAGGGUUGGGGGCGUCUGAAAUCUAUCCUGUGGCCUGUACUACGAAGCGGGGUUACUGGCUUAUCGAGGUAACUUGUCGGAUUUAAGGUACCACAGUUUAAAUGGACUUCAUAUUCGUUCACUUACAUUUUGCCCAGACUACCUUAAAUCCGAAAAAUGUUUUGUGCAAUAUUUCUUCAGUGCAAUUCCACAGUGUUGUACAUAUAUUUAUAUUUAUAUAUUUCCACUUGUACAUAUAUAUAGUUUUUAUCCUGUUGUUUUUUUAAUUUGUGCUGCUCUAUUUUUGUACUGUCCACUUUCUGCUGUGACAAUGCAAAUUUCACACUUGUGGGACUAAUAAAGGAUUAUCUUAUCUUAUCUUAUCUUAUCUGACAAGUUACCCCGAUAAGCCAGUAACCCUACUUCGUAGCACAGGGCCCUGGACAGCAUAUGCAUAAACUGCAGACUUCAUGACCACCAGUAAAAUCAUAAUCUAAAAAUAUAAAACAUAUAUAUCCUGUUAUUUACUGGACUGAUAUCCGUUGUUUUAAACCGCAGGUUCUGAACUGGUUUAGUUUCAAGGUCUUCUUUAUUCCCUAGUCAGUAAGUCGCAACCAAAAUGCUCAGCAAAACUUGUUGACUAGAAUCUUGGGGUUGCGUUGUUUGUGUACCAUCUGCAAAAAUCUGCGAAAAAAAUGUAUGAAAAACUAAUUGUUUUUAUAUUUGCUCGAUAUUCUGAUGUGUACGUUUAUAUAUAAUGAUGUGAAAUAGCUGAUGAAAGGCAAACGUUCAAAUGAUUUCAUUACAUUUGUGAUGCCUAUGGGUAACAUGCAUGUUCCGAUAAAUGAGUUCACUUGAACUUGACAUUCGCUCAUUUAUCAGUCAGAAAUCUGCCCAAAGGAAAUACAAGGCAGUAAUCUGCUUCUCGGUGAAUGCAUCUUCCCACGCGACCUACGUCAAUGCAGAAAAAAAACCUGCAGACACUGCAAUUCCCGUCAUGCAUUUGGCGGACAGUCACACCCCCCUCCGCCCUGCAUGCAGUGCCAGCCCAAGACGGACUGCCGGUAGUCCCUGCGAAAAUGGCAGAAGAAACGGGCUCCGGGCGGGGGUGGGAGCCGGAGCCUGGCCGGGAUCACAGGCCCGGCAGAUCGCCACGGACGCGCCCGUCGGUGUCCUUCGUGGACGUGGGACAGCCGGCCGUGUCCGGGGUGGUCAGCCAGCUCUUCGGGCAGCCGCUGAAAUUCGACCGCAGUAUCAAGCAGGCCUUCUACAACACUGGCGCCCUGAUCUUCGUGGCCAUCUGCUUCGGGGCUGCCGUGCUGGUCUUCUUCAUCUUGGAGGCCUUCCUGCGCCCCUUGCUCUGGGCCGUCCUCUGCGGGACCUUCCUGCACCCCUUCAAGCACUCCCUGGCCAGGAUCGGCCGCUGCUGGCUGGGCGGGCUGCGGGACAGCGGCACCCCGAUCGUGCUGGGCGCCGUGCUGCUGCCGGUGUGGUUCGUCAACCACGGCGUGGACGCGCUGGGAGGGCUGGUGCUGGAGAGACUGGGGGUGCUGCUAGCGGUGGGGGCCGGUGCCCCGCUCCUCUGUUUUCUCUAUUACUUCGGCAGCGUCAUCGGCAUGCAGGUGAUCCUCGGGCACUUCUGCAACGCCGUGUGCGGCGCCUUGGAUUGCUUCGGGCCGGUGUGGGUUGGCACUGUCGUCCUAGGCUAUCUCCUAGCUGUCAUCUUCAAGUGGACACCCGCCACGGAGAGCUACCUCCGUACUGCCUCUGUUCCUGUGUGGACCAUCCUGCUCUUCUACUUGGUGUCACUGACGGGUUGCUGGAGAGUCCCAGUCUUUGUCAUCGUGGUCGUCCUGCUGGUCAUUGGUUCUCAGCAGGAGACACCCAGAGUCUCGGGAAAGGGUGAGCUGCCCGGCCAGGUGCUGUCCUUCGCCGCGAACACCAUCCUCACGGCGAUCUCCUGCAGCCACUUGGCACUGAGCCGCGCGGAAGAGGAUGGCCGUCCUGCGCCUCCCACCAACGACCCCAUGGCCCCCCCCGGCUCGGACCCGGGCCGCCGGGCGCCGCCGGAUCUGCGGACGCUGUCGCAGCGGAAGGCCAGCGACAUUUACUUCGUCUUGCUGGGAUGGGCCAUAGUGCUGGUGCAGAUCUGGAUGAACCUGUGGAUCCUGCAGCUGCUGCCCAUUCCAGUGGCUGUGUGGGUCCUGAAGAAGCUGGCGGUUCAUUUCGGCCUGAUGGCCUUCACAGAGCGCACCUUAGCGUCGUGGUGGGAGGUAACCUCGCGGUUCCUCCAGGAGAGACAGGACGUUCUGCUCCCGGGACCCAUCAAAGGCCUGGUCCACUUCCUGCUCCGAGUCGACACCAAGCUGUGGCAGUGGCUUAACAAGCAGAUGAUCAUAUGGCUGGAGCAGUCUCUCGACAAGCUGAUCAGCAUCUUCAUCAUCUUCCUGCUGGUGAUGGGCACUCUGCUGAUGGCCCUGCUCCUCACUGCCAUGGUCCACCACGAGAGCGUUCACAUCAUUGAGGUGACCAGCAACCUGAUCAACGAGACUCUCUCCAACCACCCGGAAUGGGCCAAUUGGCUCCCCGAAGCCCAAGUUGUCCAGAAAGCCCUCAACUCUGCUGCCACCAAUGUGUACCAGCAUGGGAGAGAGUGGAUAACAAACAAGCUGCACAAAAUGCUCGGUGAUAAAGUGAACAACACGGCUGUCAUAGAGAAGCAGGUCCUGGAGCUUUGGGACCGGCUGUACCACUCCUGGUUUGUCAAGAACAUGACCCAAACGGGACGGCAUCGUGGGCACAAGACGCACCUCCACCGGCAGAACAGCUGGCUGGGAGACAUACUGGACUGGCAGGACAUCGCUUCCUUCGUGCAGGAGAACAUCGAGACCCUGCUCUCAAUCGUGGAGUCGCUGUGGGUGGUGAUGAGCCGCAAUGUGGGCCUGCUGAUCUCCACCACCACCACGCUGCUGACGGUGCUGGUCCACAGCGGCACGGCGCUGCUCAACUUCGCCCUGUCGCUGGUGAUAUUCCUCACCACCCUCUUCUACCUGCUGAGUUCCAGUGGUGAAUAUUACAAGCCUGUCAAGUGGGUGAUCAGUCUCACCCCCCUGUCUCAGUCCGGACCCUCGUCCAACAUCAUCGGCCAGUCGGUGGAGGAGGCCAUCAGGGGAGUCUUUGACGCCUCGCUCAAGAUGGCCGCCUUCUACGGCCUCUACACUUGGCUGACCCAUACCAUCUUUGGCAUCAACAUCGUCUUCAUCCCCUCUGCCAUGGCCGCCAUCCUGGGUGCGGUGCCCUUCCUGGGCACAUAUUGGGCAGCGCUGCCCGCUAUGCUGGACCUGUGGCUGGUGCAGGGGGAGGGCGUGAUGGCCGUCCUGCUGCUGCUCUGCCACCUGCUGCCCACCUACUUUGUGGACACUGCCAUCUACUCUGACAUCUCUGGCGGCGGGCACCCGUACCUGACCGGCCUGGCGGUGGCGGGGGGGGCGUACUACCUGGGGCUGGAAGGGGCCAUCAUCGGACCCAUUCUGCUCUGCAUCCUGGUGGUGGCAUCCAACAUCUACAGCGCCAUGCUGAUGAGCCCCAGCAGCUCCCUGCCCACACCUGUGCAGCCCACCUGGCCCCCCGAUGUCCCCCGGCUGUUUGUGGACAGCACUGGCCAGCAGAAGGGUACAGGCGAGUGACUGGGCGAGCCUGUCACCAGGGCGGAGGGACGACAGCAUCUGGCUCUUCCUGGAAAGGAGACCGGCGUCACGCUUCAGCCAGCUGGCCCUGGAGGGAAUGGAGUCAGGACCUCCAGCAGUACAGCGCAAACCCUGAAAGCCUGGAAACCCUGGCUUUGUUUAGCUUUAACAUGCAUUUCCUGCAGGAGCCAUACAUACUCACCUCAGCAACAGAGAGCGUCCCACGUCGCUUCGUCCCCAUCUGGGCCUGGAAGAGACUGAGAUACCCAGCAGAAACCCCAGAGGGGGGUAGUAAUCCAUAGGGGGCAGUGUGGACCUGGCAGGAGACCACCGGAGCUUCGCAGUGCCAUGCUUCAUGUUAGUGUUACAGGAUAAACGUCCUCAGGCCAUGAGGAGCUAGACUGCUGCUGUUUUGGGUAGAGCGGAAGGCUUCCUUCACACUCUUCAUCGCCCCGCUUUGGCUGCUCGGUCUUGCGCAGUAGGGUUUGCUAAAUGUGCCUCAGAGUUCCUGUAGAAACGCAGUUCUCUGAAGUACCUGUAACACCUUAACACAGGUGUUUCUUAACGCUUAACACGCUUAACACGCGUCUACCGCCACGCUCCUUCAAGGCCAUGUAACAGAGCUGCUCAUCGGAUCCCUAACCCUCAGCCGGGGUGCCGCUCGCUGCGUUUGGCCCACGGGCCCGGCCCCCCCUCCAUGAUAGAUGGAGGCUGUGACGACUCGCACGCAGGAACACAGAACCCCGGGCCUGCAUAUUUCAAGCCAGCUGCCGAUUGGUGGAGUGCGUUUCCGUGACAAGCGGUUCGGGGGGAACGGAGGGGUGUCCGAGUCUCCUGGCACCGUGACUCUGAGCACCGUGACUCUCACGGCACCGUGACUCUCACGCUCAUGAAGCCCCUGGUGACUCGGCAAGCUCAGCUAGGGGAUUCGUCUGACCGUCAUUCCCUGGAGAGCAGGAAAGUCGUUCCCUGUCUUCUUUCUCGGUUUUAUUUCCCGGGUCCUCCUCGGACGCCGUGUCUCCUUCCUCGGCCUAUUUUCCCCUCCUCGCCUCCCCCUUUCAGUGACGUCCGCUGGUAGGUCCCAGGAAUGCAGGGGAAGGCAGUAAUGUUACUACACAGACACGGGCUCUGCCCACAUGUCGCCAGUUAAGCUCGGUAAUUGGUGAAUCUGAAGUUGAACACAAAGUAAAACCAGAAGAAUGCCGUUCUGUAUCAGAGGGGAGGAGCUAGGCUCUCUGAGACCGGCCGAGGGGAGGAGCUAGGCUCUCUGAGACCGGCCGAGGGGAGGAGCUAGGCUCUCUGAGACC